CCGACUUGGAAUAUGUUCUUUUGUGUAAUUUCUUCUUGGAAAUGAAGCCAUGAAAUGGCAGUGAGAGCAAUUCACAUCUGAGGUUCACAAAAUCUCAUCUGCCAUUCGUCAUUUCUUCUCGUCAAUCCAUGCUAAACCGUUUUCCAUUACGUUCUGCGAGGUAAAUCAGAGCAUAGAAUCAUCUGAAUGAAACGAAGUUCAUCUUCAGAGAUUGAUGAUAAUGGGAGUGGAAAUGCCGUCCCCGUUACUCACUCGAUUCGUGAUCGUUUUCCUAUCAAGCGGAAUUCCGGUCACUUCCGUUUGCGAGCCAAGGACUCAUUGGAUCAUGCAGCCUGUCGUUCCCGAUCUCAUCAGUGUCGGAUCAAUCGCAAGGGAUUGUUCUGGUGGCUUCCGGCUAGAGGGCAAACGCUUUUCUACUCUGUUGUCGUUUUCGCGGUAUUCGGAUUUGUUACCGGGACUAUGUUGUUGCAGAACUCGAUUAGCUUGAUGUCUCGCUCUGGAAGUGAAAAGGAGCGGUGGCUUAUGGAGCGUAUUAAGUUUGGGAGCUCGCUGAAGUUUGUGCCAGGGAGGAUUUCCAGGAGGCUGGUGGAAGGUGAUGGGCUCGACGAGGUGCGGAAGGAGGAUCGCCGUGGCGUUCGUGCACCGAGACUUGCUCUAAUCUUGGGAAGCAUGGAGAACGAUCCACAAUCAUUAAUGUUGAUUACUGUGAUGAAGAACGUACAAAAACUUGGGUAUGUACUUGAGAUUUUUUCCGUAGAGAGUGGAAGUAAACAUUCAAUGUGGAGACAGAUAGGUGUCCAACUUUCAAUAUUAAGUCCAGAGCAUUAUGGUCAUGUUGACUGGUCAAUAUAUGAUGGUAUUAUUGCUGACUCCUUGGAAGCAGAGAGAGCAAUCGCAAGCCUUAUGCAGGAACCUUUUUGUUCAUUACCACUCAUAUGGAUUGUUCGAGAAGAUACCCUAGCCAACCGCUUGCCAAUGUAUGAAGAAAGGGGCUGGAAACGUCUUAUUUCACAUUGGAAUAGUUCUUUCAGAAGGGCUAAUGUUGUCGUGUUCCUUGACUUUGCCCUCCCAAUGUUGUAUAGCAUUUUGGACAACGGAAACUUCCAUGUGAUUCCUGGAUCCCCAGCAGAUGUUUAUGCUGCAGAAAACUACAAAAAUGCUCACUCCAAAAGUCAGUUAAGAGAGAAAAAUGGAUUUGAUGAAAAUGAUAUACUGGUUCUCGUCGUUGGAAGUUUGUUCUUCCCAAAUGAGCUGUCGUGGGACUAUGCUGUGGCUAUGCAUAGCAUUGGACCUCUACUCAAAAUAUAUGCAAAGAGGAAGGAAGUAGGAGGAUCAUUUAAAUUUGUUUUCCUAUGUUGUAAUUCAACCGAUGGGUCCCAUGAUGCUUUAAAGGAAAUUGCUUCACGUCUAGGACUUCCUGAUGGAUCUAUAACACAUUAUGGCUUAAAUGGAGAUGUCAACAAUGUACUGAUGAUGGCUGACAUUGUGCUUUAUGGAUCUUCACAAGAAAUUCAGAGUUUUCCUCCUCUACUUAUCCGAGCCAUGUCCUUUGAAAUCCCAAUCAUGGUGCCUGAUUUACCUGCCUUGAGAAAUUAUAUCGUUGGUGGUGUCCAUGGGGUUAUCUUUCCAAAGCAUAAUCCGGAUGCCUUAUUGAGCUCUUUCUCACGAAUGAUAUCAGAUGGGAAGCUCUCCAGAUUUGCAUGUGCUAUAGCUUCUGCUGGAAAAUUGCUUGCUAAGAAUAUACUUGCAUCAGAAUGUGUUACUGGUUAUGUACGGCUCCUGGAGAAUGUUCUGAAUUUCCCAUCAGAUGUUAAGCUUCCAGGUUCUGUUUCCCAGCUUCAACUAGGGUCAUGGGAAUGGAAUUUGUUCAGGAAGGAAAUGGUGCAGAUAAUUGACAAAAAUGCAGAUAAUGAAGGGAGGAUUGCAGCAUUAAGUAAAUCCAGUGUUAUUUUUUCUCUUGAAGCACAAUUUACCAGUUUUUCUGAGACUGAAAAUGGGACUAUGGCGCAAGAUGUUCCAACUUCGCAAGACUGGGGUAUUUUGGAGGAAAUAGAAAAUGCUGCAGAGUAUGGAACUGUUGAAAUGGAAGAGUUUCAAGAAAGAAUGGAGCGAGAUCUUGGUACAUGGAAUCAAAUAUAUCGAAAUACCCGGAAAUCAGAACAACUCAAGUUUGAAGCAAAUGAAUGGGAUGAAGGCAAGCUUGAAAGGAUAGGACAGACUGUAACCAUUUAUGAGAUAUACAGUGGUCCUGGAGCUUGGCCAUUCAUGCACCAUGGUUCUUUGUACCGUGGACUAAGUCUUUCCACAAGAGCACUGAGGUUAAGAUCUGAUGAUGUCAAUGCUGUUGGACGGCUUCCUCUCCUGAAUGACUCUUACUAUCUGGACAUUCUCUGCGAGAUUGGAGGAAUGUUUGCCAUUGCAGAUAAGAUCGAUAACAUUCAUAAGAGACCUUGGAUUGGGUUUCAAUCGUGGCGGGCUUCUGGAAGAAAGGUUUCCUUACGCACACAAGCUGAAAAUGUUUUGGAAGGCACUAUAAUGGACAAUCCUAAAGGAGAUGUUAUAUACUUCUGGGCACACUUGCAAGUGAAUCGUGGAAGCACUGCUCCUACUUUCUGGUCACUGUGCGAUAUCUUGAACGGUGGUCACUGCAGAGCCACCUUCGAGAACACCUUUCGUAAGAUGUUCGGGUUGUCAUCAAAUGUGGGAGCUCUUCCCCCUAUGCCAGAAGAUGGUGGUCGCUGGUCUUCCCUCCAUAGUUGGGUGAUGCCAACCCCUUCCUUCCUGGAGUUCAUCAUGUUUUCCAGGAUGUUCACCCAUUACCUUGAUGCUCUGAAUAGAAACCAGAGUCAGCCAAAUGGAUGUUUGUUGGGUUCGUCAUAUCUUGAGAAGAAACACUGUUACUGUCGGAUAUUGGAAAUCCUAGUCAAUGUCUGGGCUUACCACAGUGGGCGGAGAAUGGUUUACAUCAACCCUCAAUCUGGUUUCCACGAAGAACAGCAUCCAGUUGAACAACGCAUGAGAUUCAUGUGGGCAAGAUACUUCAACUUCACGUUGUUGAAGAGCAUGGAUGAAGAUCUAGCAGAAGCUACUGACGACGAAGGCAGCAAAGACAAAAUGGGGCUAUGGCCAUUAACAGGAGAAGUCCAUUGGAAAGGGAUUUACGAAAGAGAGAGAGAAGAAAAGUACAGACUGAAGAUGGAGAAGAAGAGAACCACAAAAGUAAAACUAAUUGAGCGGAUAAAAUUUGGAUACAAGCAGAAAUCACUUGGAGGAUGAGAUUUAGAAUUCUGAGCCUUUCAGAAAGUGGUAGAACAGAAGAGAUGAAAAGAAAGACUCUCCUCCUCCUCCUAUGAUAACAUUUGGUACGUAGUAGAGGGAAUUUGAGUUCUUUCUGAAUUAUAAUUACUCACACUCUACAGAGCAAUAUGUUUGUUCCAGGCAACAGAAGUGAGGGAAGGCACAAAAAGGUGAAAUUGCAGCUCGGUUCUUGGAGAGGCGCAUAUUAGCAGAGAAGAACAUCAGGUUUUUUUUUUCUUUUGGUUUUGGGAGAGGUGCUUCACUAUUCUUUAUGAUUCUUUCUUCUUUAUUCAGCAUACCUCGUAUAUCAACAAGGAUAUAGGGAAAUUCUUUUUGGUACUGUACAACUGAAAUAUAGCCAUUAUUAAGGCAAUUUUGGUC